AUGAUUAGAGAUCCUCACAAAUUCUACGAGAAAACGCUAGCCAAAAGACCAACAAAAGGUCCAGUGACCAUGCGCCUCGGCCCAAUUUCCAUGUAUCUGGUCAUGGGCGCCUCGAAUAUCCAAGCAAUCUUUCGGCAGUCUAGCAGCCUCUCGUUCGAAUUCAUGCAGCUGCGCAUAGCACAUAAGGUCAAGGGCCUCCCAGCGAGCGACGCUACCCUCUUGGGAAUGGACGACUCGGGAGCUGGCACUCUCAACCAGUCUGAGACCGGCGUAACGGGCAAAGGACGCAUCUGGCAUAUACUCCAUGGCAUCUACCUGAAGAAUUUGACAGAAAAGUCUGCCGUGGAUUUCUUGACGGCAAAAUUUGUCUUUGAGUUCUCCGAGCAGCUCAAGACUUGUCCACAAGGCGCUUCGACCCCAGCGGUCAUCGGUCUGUACGACUUCCUCCAGACGUAUCAGUUUGCUGCAUCAACAAUCACGCUAGUCGGUCCGCGAAUCCUCAAAAAAGGCUCAUUGGAAGCCAAGACAUUCUGGGACUACGAUGCGGCCUUCAUGACCCUGAUGCAAGGGCUGCCGAAACUAGCAUGCCGCAAAGGCUGGGCGGCGCGGGACCGCACUCUUGAGGCUACCAAGGACUGGCUCGCGGCGGCAACUGCUGGCUGUCCUGCGGACAGCGACCUUGAUUGGGAAGAAAACUUUGGUCAUAGACUUGUUCGUGAGAGGAAUGCUGCUCUAGUUGACUAUGGCAUCAGUUUUGAGGGACGGGCAGCAAUGCACAUGGGUCUGAUAUGGGCAAUCAACGCCAACGCCGUUCCGAUGACCGCGUAUAUGUUGUUCGAGAUGGUCCGAGAUCCUCAGCUCCUUCAGCAAAUCCGCGCCGAGGUCAAGACCGCCAUGGUGGUCGGUACGAAUACAGCAUCAAUACUCGAUAUCGAUAUCAACAAGCUUUCAACUCUCCCUUUGCUGAACUCUGUGUACAACGAGUGCUUGCGCCUCCGCUCCAGUAUCCCUAUUUCGCGGCGACUGAGGCAGGACAUCGAGAUUGACGGGUACACGCUCAAGAAGGACAACUUUAUCCUGGCGCCCAGCUGGCUCUCACACAUUGACGAGACUGUUUGGGCGUUUCCAGGUCACCCGGCGCGCGACUUCUGGGCCGAGCGUUUCCUGCAACCAGAAAUGCGCAAAGUCAAGCUGGGCGACUAUUGCCCGUACGGAGGCGGUAGCGUCAUCUGUCCCGGGCGAUUCUUCGCCAAGCACGAGAUUCUGGCGGCGGUGGCGAUGAUGGUCACUACAUUCGAUAUGGAAUUUGUGCGCUGGUCACGUCUAGAUGGGUCGCCAGCAGACAGAGGUCCCGGCAUGGACAAGGCAGAGUGUCGAGGUGUCGUAAGUCUCGACAGAGAUGUCAUUGUGAAGAUGCAGAAGCGGAAGCUGAUAUAA